AUGUAUGUUACAAGGAGUUUAUCGGAAUACCAAAGAAACAGGAAGGCGCCGGACGGUCGAAACUCCGGCGUACUUAUAAUUCAAGACGAAGAGUCAACGUAUAGCUUAGGAUCUGUAUUUUGUUCUUGUUGUUGCCUUGGAUUAUCUUGCUACGACAUUCGACUCAAAAGCUUGCCGUUUCCACAGAACGUGAAGCUGACUGUAAAUUACAGCAUCACAGUUAACAACGUGACCACUGCUUAUCGUGAUCCGGUCGUUUUCAUCCCCGUUCUUGAUCAAAAGUUAUCUUCUAACCGUUACUACGCCAUUACUCGGAGCGGGAAACACUCAGGGUAA